GCAUUAGAAUUCAUCAAGCAUCGUGGAGUGUCAUUGACUAAUAUCGGAGCCGAGGAUAUUGUUGAUAUGAAUUCAAAGCUGAUUCUUGGAAUGAUAUGGACGAUUAUUUUGAGAUUUACUAUUGCUGAUAUUAGCGAAGAAGGUUUGACUGCCAAGGAAGGAUUGUUGUUGUGGUGUCAGAGAAAGACUGCUCCAUAUGAAGACGUGAACGUAAAAGAUUUCACAUACAGACCAGAUUUGCUCAAUUAUGAUGAAUUAAAUAAGUCAGAUCGACAUGGCAAUACCGCGUUGGCAUUCGAAGUAGCGGAGAAACAUCUUGGCAUAGUCAAAUUGCUCGAUGUAGAAGAUGUGUGUGAUAUACAAAAACCUGAUGAACGGUCAGUCAUGACUUAUGUUGCUCAAUAUUUCCAUGCCUUUUCGGAAUUAGACAAGGUCGAGACUGCAGGAAGAAGAGUUGCGAAAUUCGCAGAGGUCAUGCAUUCAGCUUGGGAUAUGGAACACGACUAUGAAAGACGUGUGCGAGAGCUAAUGCAACAAGUAAACACUAAAAAAUCAACUUGGUCAAACGCGACGUUCGACGGUACAUAUUUAGAUGCAAAGCAAAAGUAUCUCGACUUUGUUCAAUACAAAAACACAGAAAAACGCCGAUGGGUCGCUGAGAAGCGGGAUCUGGAUACUCUUCUUGGAAACAUUCAAACUAAAUUAAAGACGUAUGAUUUACAGUCGUACUAUCCACCUAAAGGGUUGACGUUGAAUGACCUGGAUAGCGUUUGGCACAGUCUGUUGGACGCCGAGGCUAAGCGAUACAAGUCUAUCAAUGACAAAUUGAGAGAGAUCAAAGAAAAUCUUCGUAAAUCAUUUGCGCACGCGUCAAACAACUUUGUUAAAUCGGUCGACGCAAUCUCUCACACGCUGACAUCUCUCGACGGUGAAUUGAAAAACCAACUUUCAACUGUGAAAUCUUUAAGCGCAAAGUUAGGUCCACUCGAGUCCUCCCUGGCCGAGAUAAAAGACCUCGAUGCACAGUGUAUAGAGGCUAAUAUCGAAGAGAAUGAUUAUACAGUAUUUACAGUCGAUGAUUUGAAGUUUGAAUUGGAUUUAGUACAGCAAGCUGUUAACAAAAAGACAGCCUUUAUUGAAAAUCAGAUCGUGUCGAGAAACAUGACGAAUUUGACUCCAGUACAGUUGGAAGAAUUUGAAAGUACAUUCAGGCACUUUGAUAAAGAUUCAUCGAAUACCUUAUCACCAGUAGAAUUCAGUGCUGCAUUGGCCAGUCUGGGCAUUUCGUAUUCUGACGCAGAAUUCGCAUCAGUCUUUAAUCAACUUUCUAAUGGCGCCGAAGAGGCAACUUUCGAGCAGUUUAUCAGGUUCAUGGUUAACGUAACUGAAGACAAGACAACACCUGAUCAAUUACGACAAUCGUUCAAAGCAGUUGCAGGAGAUAAACAGUAUGUCACGGAAAUAGAUCUCAAAAGAUCUCUGCUUCGUAGCGACGUUGUGAAUUACCUCAAAGAAUCGAUGCCAGAGAAAGGUGGUGUGGUUGGUGGAUAUGAUUAUGAAAAAUACUUGGAUCAAGUGUUUCAAAGGUGA